AUGGAGGAGACCAUCACAACAGACCUCUCUCCAGGAUACGUGACUCCAACAUAUGCAGAACUGGAAGAAUAUAAUUACAAUUGGUGUGAAACCCCAAGCUUUACUGUCUUGAUGAUUUCAGGUGUCUUCACUUGCAUCUCUGUGUGUGGACUUGUGGGGAAUGUGGUGGUUGUGUGGCUCCUGGGCUUCCGCAUGAAACAGAAUCCCUUCACUGUCUAUGUCCUGAACCUGGCCAUCGCUGACUUGUGUCUGCUUCUGAUCCUUCUUGUCAAAUUUACAUUACACCUUCUUUCAGCAGUCUAUUGUGUUGACUAUGAUAAUUUUCAGUUUACAAGGCGUAUCCUGUUCUUUCUGUUCCUGUUUUGCUAUUUGGCUGGCAUGUAUCUGCUGACAGCCAUGAGCGUGGAGCGGUGCCUGGCUGCUUUGUUCCCAGUUUGGUACCGGUGCCACCGCUCAAAGCACUGCUCAGCUAUCAUGUGUGGGGUGCUCUGGGCUCUAGCUGCACUUUUUGUUUCUUUGCUGUUUCUUGCUUGUCCUUUCAGGAGACAGUGUUACCACACCCAAACAGUUUUAAGCAUAGUGAAUAUCGCCCUGUUUGCUUCCAUCCCAUUGCUUUCCAACCUGGCCCUGUUCAUCAAACUCCGAUGUGGCUCCCAGAGACGACACCCAGGGAAACUCUAUGUUGCUGUCCUGCUCAGUGUCCUUUUCCUGGUUGUCUUAGGGUUUCCCUUCACUGUGGAAAUUUUCCUUACUUAUUUUUAUCCACAUGGGUUUUAUAUUUCUUUUUUGCUGGCCUCACUGAACAGCUCCAUCAAUCCUGUCAUUUACUUCCUGGUAGGGAGCUGCCGGCAACACCGGUUCCAAUGCUCCCUCAAAGUUGCCUUCCAAAGGCUGUUUGAAGAGGAAGCCACAAGUGAGGAGAGGAGCCAGGUGCCCGGGGAUGCCGUGAUGGAGACCAGUGUCUGA